CCGAGAUUUUCUCCUUUCUCAGCCCACCCCCCCUGCAAAAAGCGGCCGCGGCGGCAGUAGGGUUUCGGAUUCCCACCCCGCGGGCAGCUUAGGCGAACCCUCCUCCUUCCCUCCUCUCCCUUCCACACGCCCCGCCUCGCCCCUCCCCGCCGCCGCCGCCGUCGCAACCAUGGGCAGGGGGAAGUUCAAGGGCAAGCCGACCGGCCGCCGCAACUUCUCCACCCCAGAGGAGAUCGCUGCUGGUACUUCAGGUCGUCCACGCACAUUUAAGAAGAAUUUAGCUGAAGAGGAAAAGGAGGAAGAAGAAGAAAUAGAAGAAUCUGAAGAGGAAGAAUCUGAAGAUGAGUCUGAAGGGAAGGCUAAACAUAAAGGAACUGAAGGUCUUAUUCAGAUUGAAAACCCGAACUUAGUGAAGGCAAAGAAUAUAAAGGCAAAGGAGGUUGAUCUUGGAAAGACAACUGAGCUCUCAAGGCGUGAAAGAGAGGAGAUUGAAAAACAGAAAGCUCAUGAGCGUUAUAUGAAGCUUCAGGAGCAAGGAAAAACAGAACAGGCUAGGAAAGAUUUGGAACGUCUUGCUUUAAUAAGACAACAAAGAGCCGAUGCUGCCAAGAAACGUGAAGAGGAGAAAGCUGCCAAAGAGCAGAGGAAGGCUGAAUCGCGCAAGUAAAUGCGGCAACCAGGGAUCAUGAAGGCGUGAGCUGUGUUGGCUGGAUAUUUAUUUCUUAUAUGCACCUAGUAUCUUUUAAACUCGGUCUCGAUUUCAAUAUUUCCAUAAAAAUAUGCAUUGACUAACUGUAGUCUUGUCGACGUGGUUUGAUGUCAACUUGAGCUUGGCAGGGUGCAUAUGUAGUAGUAUGAUCAGUUUAUGCAAAAUUUGCGUUUUACUUACGUUGAUAUAUAAAGCAAGAACGUUGUGAAUAUUGGAG